UGGACGACCCAGCCGCCAUGCUUGGAGCGCCAAUGUCUUACUUUUUAAGAAGUCUUUACCCCGCUGAGAGGAAGAAGUGGUUGUAGUUGUGUGUUUUGUUUCUCCACACGGACAUAAAGUUUGAGGAUGGAGAAGAUGAGCUUGGGCUGCCAGGUCUGCUGCGCCAAAUUUCGGAGGAUGUUUGAAAUCAAGAAACAUAUGUGCUCAAAGAUGCAUCAAACGAAAAUGAAAGAAAUCUUCAAGAAAGAAAAGUUCAAUAACUUUGGCUUUCCCUCCAUUGUCAUGAUGAACCCACAAACCCAUAUAGAAAUGAAACAACCCAUUGUGGGCUUGUCUCUGCUGACUCUAUGCUUCAGUCCAGAGUUGAAGAUUUUUUUUUACCUGUGCCAUGUCUGUGAGGAAAAAUGUUUCCCAAAGAACAUUGUAGCCCAUCUCUCUUCGAGUGACCAUUGCAGCAACUACUUUAACUACAAAGACCCCGAUGUACUGAGUUUUUCCUGGAUACCGGGUUUGGAUAUGAGAGACAUUUUGAGGCAUGAGAUCACGAAGGUUACCAACAAACCAGAGACGAGACGGCUGCAGUUGCUGGAUUUGCCUGCAGAUCUGUUGAAAAAGCUUGACUCACGUACCUACUCUGAAGUGAUACGAUCUCUGAGUGAAAAUGACAAGCUCGUGAAACUAUUCAAAGCGGUGAAGCCAAAGAGGACAAUGAUACAAAAAUACCAAACAGACAGCAACAGGAAGCAUCCACUUCUUGGCAUGCAGCACAUUGUGGAAUGCAUUAGUGUGGGACCGACUGAGAGGAGACACUACCUCUGCACGCUCUGCAAACUUACCAUGGCCCCCCACGUGAUCAUCAAACAUGUACUGAGCUUCGACCACAUCUAUUGUUACUUUAGAGAGUGGCACCCCUCAACUUUGCUGUCCAAGGAGAGCUACACUGCUCACACCACUUUAACCAUCAUGAUCCUCGACUUAGCAAAGCAGACGCUGGAGAUUCAUGCUACUACAAACACUGAUAUGAAGCAAGUGAGACUGGAGCCUGAUGAAUUCACGUCAGUCAAUUUCACUUGUUACAGUGAUGCUUUGGAUCAACUGGAAUCCAUCAGACAGAAAAAGAAGGAGAACAGCUUGAUUACUGUCCCUACACCAGGGAAGAAGCUGGAGUCUCAUUCUGGAUUGUCGUUGUUGUCCAUCCAAAUUUACUGUCAGGACUGUGGUUCCAUCUUUGAUCAUGUUUCUCCAUUUUCAAGUCAUUUGAAAUCUUGGCAUCACCAACAGACGGUGAAGAAUACUUUUGGCAAAGAUAGCCGUUCUGACGGUUAUGAACCUAUCGAAAGGACACCUUAUCUGAAGUUAUACUCCCACCUCAGAGACAAGAGGAAGCAGACGCGACCAGCUGUUGGUGUUUCUCUGGUGGUGACGUUCAUCAGCUCAGAGGUUCAGGUGGAACCUAUCUGUGUGUGCUUUGCUUGUUCAGACUGCUUUAUGGAGUCCUCGGUCAUACAACACUUGAACUCUCAAAAACACAUCAUUCACACAUUGCUCUACCUGAAUCCUUGGCGGCUCCCUCUUGCAUGGAAGAAUGUUGAGGAUGUGAGAGACUUGUGGUCAGCAGCAUGGAGUGAGGACAGAGAGAGAGAACCGGAUCACAUGACCAUGAAGAUACUUGACAUUCCUUACUGGAUGUUUGAGGAACUCUUCCCACCAAGCUACUCAAAAGUUACGAUGACCCUUACAAAUUACAACACUUUCUUGAAGCGUGAAGUCCCAAAGUGUGAAACAUUUAGCAAACUCAAAGAAAACGAGAGGUUUCCUCUGCUGGGGAGACAGUUCAUGGCCAUGCACUAUCUAUAUGACCGAUUGCAUCAGCCCACAGAAGUGGCAUUUUUGUGCAUGCUUUGCCGGAGGAGGCUUUCAGACCAGGAAUGUCACGCUCAUGUCUUCAGUCGAGAACAUAUUACAUUAUUUAUAAAUCAUUUCCACCCAGGAUCGAUGACUUCAAAGACUGAUUUAGAGACCAUAUUGGACUUGGCAAAACAGGCAGAAAGACAUCACUCCACAAUGAAUGUGCAGGAAAUACAGUUGGACAGGUCCAUCAGGGAGCCAUGUUCAUACAAAACAGCAUAUUUUAUCCUUGCAAAUGCAAAAUUGAGGAAAGGUCAUGGAAAACUCCUACCCAACAUAUUUCCUAAACAGAAGCUGGUCCCUAGAGCAACUUUAAAGGACAAAGACGUUGUGAGAGACAACAGCCUAUCAAACAGUGGCAUGUUGCCAGGAUCUGAGAAAAAGUCCUGCCAGAAGUCUCCAGACAAUUGUAAGAAGACAAGAGUUGGAGCUGAAAUCACAGAUGAGAAAUGUGCAGAGAGGGGAGGAAAUGAAGAAGAGGAAGUGGACAUAAAGCAUCUAAAGAGUGAACAACACGCAGUUGAAACUUGUACAGAAGAUACAAAGAGUCCUGUCAGUGAGACACUCCAGGCUAUAAAGGAGGAGGAGAUAGAAGAGCGUAUUGUGUGCAAACCAAGUGAGGAAAAAACAGAAAGUUGCAAGUACAGAGACGUGGAUUUGAAAAGUGAGAUUACAGAACAAAGCAACAAAAAUACCCAGACACACUCAAUGAAUAACGCAUGCAAAGAAGAAACAACUAGACCUGUCAGCAUGUGCAAAGAAUCCCAGGGUGCGUUUUGCUAUGAGGAUAUGGAGGAAAACACAAGCUGUAAAAAAGGGCUACCAGCCCCAAAACAAGACGCAUCUUGUGAAGUAAAACAAAGACUGCCAAUUAGCAUACAGAAGAAGGAAACUGCAGCAGACGUGAAAGGAAGAGAAACCAAACCAAGUCAGCAGAGCGUAAAGCAUGAAGGCUUAAGUGCACUUCUUGAAUGCCAUUGUGAUCAGCGUGACCUCAUCUACCUCUGUGAGUGCUGCUCUAUGAAGAUCCCGGAGAAGGACAUCAUCAGCCAUGUAACUGGAUAUGACCACCAGAAGACGUAUUUGUCGGGGUUAAAGCCGCUCCCAAGCCCACCAGGGACGCAUCAGGGGAUGACAUUUUGUCACUUUGCAGCUUUGCUUGAGAAACAUAGCGGAUAUGGAGAGGCUCAGGUUAUGGAUCUGGAAAAAGAGAUAUAUAAUAAUGUCUUGAAACAAAACUUUAAAUCAGCCAUGCAGACCGUGAAGGCACUACAGGCUCAGCAGGGAAGGGUUUCUGAACCCUCCUCAACCUCUGCUCUGUCUAAUUCUCAACCUGUGGACACCUCCUUCUCCCCUCAGGCUCAGAAUGAAGCCAGUAAUGUUCUGGAUAACUGUCAGGUGGUGGCUAUGGAGUUUGAUGGUGAUUCAGAAGAUUCUGAGGCAAGGUCAUCCUCAGUAACCAGCUCUGAAAGAGCUGAAGCUCCCCCUGAUUCAAGUGAAAAUGCCAAAUUGAACCUCGUCAAAGAAUCUGCUUUGGCCUACAAUGUUUACUCCUGCCAGACUGUUACAAAAAGUAGUGAAGAAACAUCAAAUAUUUAUGUGUCUACAAAUGGGACAAAGUCAACAUGUGCACAUCCUGAUUCCACAGGAAAGCCUUCAAAAGCUGGAGUCAUUUCAAACACAAAUAUAAGUCUAAUAAAAGAAGAAACCACUUUGAAUAUAGUGGGGACAUCCGAGUGUGCAGAAAAGUCAAAUGCUGUUGUAACCAACUCUAUUAAAUCUACAACAGCAAUCUCUGCAGGCCAAGUCAAAGUCUCCUGUUCAGCUCCAGAUAGUAUUAAAAAAACAGCAAUCACGCCCUUCUCAAAGCUUACUGCCAACACCACCAGUUGUUCUGCAGUCACCACUUCCAAAUCUGGAGCAACUGUCUACAAGUGUGCACCAUCUACAUUCAGUUCAACUACAACAGUCAAGUCAACAAUAGCCAAAUCCCAUACCAGUUCAACAACCACCACAUCUGUAGCUCCUGAUUACAGCUGUACUACAACCAAUUCCAACAUUGGAGAAAGUGGCUACAAAUGUGUAACAUCUAUAUCCAGUUCUAAUGCAAAAACAACUAAAUUAACUGCAGUUAAUUUUAACACCGGUAUGACAACCAACACCACUGCAGCUCCAAGCAAAAGUGGUACUGCAACCAGUAUCAAGAGGAGAGAAACUGCACACACAUCUAUGUCCAGUACCAGUGCAAUGACCACCAAAUCGACUGCAGCCAACUUCAAUACCAGUAUAACAACCAGCACAUCUGCGGCUUCCAUCAACAGUGCCAGUACAACCAACAACAGUAAAACAGCAAACACAUCCAGUGUUGGUGCAAAUACCACCAAGUCCAAUAGAGCCAACCCAUAUACUAGUACAACUGCCUCCCCAUCAGCAGCUCUAACCAACAGUGGUACUACAACCACUACCAAUAGAAGAGAAAAUGACUUCAAAUAUACAUCAAACAAAUCCAUCAACAAUACAGAGACCCCAAAAUCUGCAUCAGACUUUCUCAAGCCUGGAACAAUCUCCACAUCUAAUUUAACUACCUCAAGUGAAUCUGAAACCACUACAUCUGGGGAAGUUUCCAAACCAUUACAAAGCAGAACUUCUUCAACCAAAGUCAAGCAUAAAGCUAACAUAGCAUCUAUAGUGCAAGAAACCCCAUUGCAUACAAAGGUGAAUUCUCAGCCUACUGCUACAACAUCAGUCAAAUGUGGAAAUACGGAGGCCUCGGACAAGACUGCACUCAUGAAGAAAUCAGUGGGGUCAAAUGCUGAUGUUGCACCAGACAAGCAUAACAGGCCUGCACCUAAAACCACUAAAAUUGGUGUGGACCAAAUGAUUGUGGUGUUAAGUGGAAAAAGAAGGCAACUUUACUGUCAGCUGUGUGCAGCCAGGCUGACAUGUUCAGAUCACCCAAGCACCUACAGACACAAGCUCAACUAUGUGAAAAUGAAGUUACCUCAUUGGACUGCUGAGCCAUCUGAGUUGAAAAGCAAACUAGCCAACACAGUGGCCCUCUGUGUUGAACUUGAACAAUGUGCUGGAGCCCCAAAGAUUCAGAAAUUGGAAGUUACUAUGGAUGUAUACGAUGAGCUGAAAAACCUUGACGAUGACAAAGCUUUAGCGAGAGUGACAGAAAUGAAAAGAGAGAGAGACUCGGGGGUCUCAUCCGCCACAGCCGACCCUGGGCAGGUGUCAACACCGGAUGCUCACUUGUCCAGUCCGUUUGACUCCAGCCCAGUUGACGAGACAGACUUGUGGCAGAAUGAAACAGCAGGACUUUCUCCUGAAAUCCAAUCUGUGCAGGAGAGCAAACAUGAGCUCCAGACAUCACUUGUAAAGAUCGCUGCUGUCGAAAAAACUCCUGGUAACUCAACUCUUACCUGUGAGUUUGAAUCAGCAAGUCCAUUUGCUGAAGGCUCUUCCUGCCCCGAGACUCGAGAGCAGAGAAACCAUCAGGAGAAAAGUGAUCCUGAGUUACUGGUCACACAGAAGGUGCUCGAAGGCUCUGAGAAUACGUCACCUGUAAAUUGCUCAAACCCGGACGAGCUCUCCUCUGCUCCGUCAGUGAACGCAGAACAGCACGACCAACCGAGACCCCGUCAGAAAGCAGAAGAAGCAUCAGAACAGUCCAGAUGUGGUUCCAGACCUGAUCACCACAGUGUGUUGCAGCCACUUCCAAAUACUUCAGGGGUAGCAUCUCUGGGCUGCAGUAAUCUAUCCACAUACUUGGCUGUGAAGAAUUUGGACUCUGAACUAAUCAUAGGUCGCGGCUCAGUGUGGGAGUGUAGAGGGAUAUCUCAAACAACAUUCUUCUUGUGUGAGAGCUGCAGUGAGCGGCUCUUCCUCGGUGACAUCUGCCAACACAUGAUCAGCGUGGAGCACUGGCUCAAUCACCUGCUGAGCAAGCACCCUAACAUUAUGACGUUCUGGUCGUUGGAGGAUGUGACGCAAAAGGACAAAAUGGUUAUUUUAAAGGCCAUUGUAAGGAGGACCUCAGAGAUGGAGCGCUUCCCCGAGAUAGAUGCCAAGAGUAAACUGCUGCCACCAAAAGAAUUUGAAUAUGUUAAGACAGCUCCGUUCAGUGAAGCUUUAAAAUUUCUACAAGACUCAGAGAAAGAACAGAACCCGAGCAUCAUCUAUCCUCCAAUAAGUACUCCACAACAAAAGGAACAGCCGCCAGAGAAACAGCAGGAUCAAGUGGAAUCUGUGCCCACAGAGAUGAAGUCAGCACAGGUUUCAGAGACGGACGAGAGACGGGACUGUGACAUGAGGCAGGAAACAGAAAACCAGCAUGUGGAUGGUGUCAAGAAAAGAAGGGUAUCGAGCCCUCUGGACGAGACCAGUGUCUACUCAAGAGCUGAUUCUGUUGUUGUUCCAUUCCCUGAAGCCGGUACAUGUCAGAGCCCCCAAGAGAAUUCAAAGUGCAAACAAGAAGUCAGACCCCUGGUUGAUGGUCAGCACCAGAGGGCUAUCACAGAGUUGCAAAUGAAACAGACAGAGGUGCAAUCAGGAUCCUCGUCCUCCUCUGUUAUUGGUGCAAAAACUAGUCCAGCUCUGCCAGAAUCUUCAGGAGAUAAAUGCCCUCUAGCCAGGAAAAGACCCGCUGAUACAUCUGUAGAAACCCUGGCCAGAUCUUGCAACAGUAACACCCAAUUAGAGGACCCUUUCCCAGAUAAAAGCACCAACAGCUCACUACAGCCCAAAACUAAAUCGGCCUCUGAGUCCACUCCUGUUCACCCUCCUGCAACCCCCACUCCCCUCUCUGCUGAGGACAAAAAGUCAGGACCUGUAUCUAAAGAACCCAACUCAUCCAUAGUUGACAUAACCCUCAAUGACCUCAUCGCUCUGGUGAAAGAGACAAGGUCAGGGAAGUCAUUGUCCCCUUGUGUGGUUAAGUCUGAGACUUUGUCACCUUGCCCUUACAAUCUAUCAGCAGGUGUGAAAAUCAAACGGGAGCUAGAGUUUGAGCAUAUUACAUCCGCAAUGCCAGAAAAAAAGAAAAGAUUGGAUUCAAAGGUUGAGUUGGAUAAAUCUACAGACAAAACAAUGUUACCUUCUGGCACCUUGGAUUGCCCCAUUGAGCCACAAAGUCAGGAAAGCAUGAGCCCAUCCAAACCUGGUCCCAACGAUGAAGCCGCCAAUUAUCACCCAGAGCCACGAGCAAACCCAGAGCCUGACUCUCAGUUGCCCAUUAGCCCCAUCAUAACUCCAAGGCUCGACCCCUCUAAGCCGCAGUUAACAGGCCACUAUUUCGCAAGGGGCUACACCAAGAACAGUCAGGACGCUCACAGCUUUCCAACAGUCGCAAACGCAAGCCAAAGUGACACUCAGGCAGCUUCAUCGGGGUACGCUCAAACAAGCCAAAUGCCUUACACCACAAAUGGUUAUUCAUUUCUUCCUCCUUCUGGAGCUGUCGGUGGCUUAACAACACCAGCCUACCCCUCUGCAUACAAUCAGAGUUCAUACCAAGGUAAUGGGUAUGGUACAACAGGGAACUACCAAAGCCAUUUUAAAACAGAGCAAGGAGCAAACUAUGUCUAUCUGCCGGCAUUUGAACCCUGUUCAGCAACUUCAACACCCCUAGGAUGGGCGAGUUGUCAAAUGCCACAGUUAAUGCAGCAGCAACAGCCACAGCAGCAGCAGAUGAUGGUACUGCAACAACAACAACAGCAGCAGCAGCAGCAGAUGAUACCGCAACAGCAGUUAAUACAGCAGCAGUACUGGAGAAUGGAUCCUCCACCCAUUCACAAUCCUCCUACAGCCAACAGUCAGAUCCUGACCCAGGCCUCUGCAAACUCCUCCUCCUGGUUUUUCCCAGGAGAUCCCAUCAUUGAUGGUGAUAUGCCUCCAGUUGCUCAGGGAACUUUCUCUUCAACCAAGUAGAAAGCAAUAGCAAACUUGACAAUUGAAUGUUCCGAAAUUUCCAGCAUACAUCUGUAAAGUGUACUUUAUUAUAUCUUACAUACUAUACAUAUUACAUUUUAGGUAUGUGGCUGCCAUGUUAUAUUUAUGCAUCUGAAGAACAACUUAUUUUUCUGACAUGUUUUUACAUAUCAGGAUUUUUUUUUUGUUGUCUCAAAUAGUGUUCUGUCAAUAAGACAGUUUUUAUUUCACGUUUGUCUGUGAAAGAAAAAGUUCUGCUCUUGUGGGAUUGACUUCUCUUCUCUGGUUCUUUGUGCUCUGUUCUCUUGGGCUGGAUAGAGACUACAGUUCUGAUUGUUAGUUAAAAAAAAAAAAACAA